AUGUUGACCAGCAUCGCUGACGGGCUUCUCUGCUGCCUUCUGGGCAAGGUGCCCAAUGUCGUGGGGCCCCUGGAGCCGGUCGAGUCCAGCAACGGCUACAGCUUUGUGGAGGUGAAGCCUGGGCGGGUCCUGCGGGUGAAGCACGUCGCCCCCUCCCACCCCCCCAGCACGGAGGAGAAGGAGGAGGAAGAGGAGCCCCAGAAGACGGGCGCCGUGCACUGCAAACGCCGGAUCGCCGUGUACCGCAACGGGCAGAUGGUCAUCGAGAACCUGGGUGAGGCAGGGCAGCAGCCCGACGUCCCGCAAGGCCAGAACGGCACCGAGGCCCAGAGCAUGGUGGAGGCAGAGGUCUCAGAUGCGAAUCCAGCCACGAUGCCCACAGCCAGUGGGGGCACGGCGCUCAAACGCCGCCGGCAAAAGCCCAAAAGAGUGGUCCACAUUGACUGCACCAAGUACAUCAGCAGCUGCAAGGGGAUCCACCGGGACGUGGUGCUGUUCUUCAUCCACGGGGUGGGCGGCUCUUCGGACAUCUGGAAGGAGCAGGUGGACUUCUUCACCCAGCUGGGCUACGAGGUGGUGGCCCCCGACCUGGCUGGGCACGGGGCCAGCUCUGCCCCCCAGAUCGCGGCCGCCUACACCUUCUACGCCCUGGCGGAAGACAUGCGCAGCCUGUUCAAGCGAUACGCCAAGAAAAGGAACAUCCUGGUCGGACACUCGUAUGGGGUCUCCUUCUGCACCUUCCUGGCCCACGAAUACCCGGAUCUGGUCCACAAGGUGGUCAUGAUCAACGGAGGGGGGCCCACCGCCCUGGAGCCCAGCCUAUGCUCCAUCUUCAACAUGCCCCCCUGCCUGCUGCGCUGCCUCUCGCCCUGCCUGGCCUGGAGCUUCCUCAAAGCCGGCUUCGCCCGCCAGGGCGCCAAGGAGAAGCAGUUGCUGAAGGAGGGCAAUGCCUUCAACGUCUCCUCCUUCGUCCUGCGGGCCAUGAUGAGCGGGCAGUACUGGCCGGAGGGGGACGAAGUCUACCACGCCGAGCUGACCGUGCCCACGCUGCUGGUGCACGGCAUGCACGACAAGUUUGUGCCCGUGGAGGAGGACCAGCGCAUGGCGGAGAUCCUGCUGCUGGCCUUCCUGAAGGUGAUAGACGAGGGCAGCCACAUGGUCAUGCUGGAGUGUCCGGAGACGGUCAACACCCUCCUGCAUGAGUUCCUGCUCUGGGAGCCCGAGCCCCUCCCCUCCGAAGAAGGCCCCCCGGCGGGGAAGAAGUAG